AUAAACGUAGUGCAAAGGCUGUCAGUGUAAUGUUCCGCGCUUAGUUUCACUCUGAAUUUUUUCGUUUAAGUUUCUCAUGAUUCUCUUUAGAAAACUGAAGAGUCUAACUGGAUUGAUAAACAGUAUAGGUAAGGGACAUUCCGGUAAAUGUUGGUCGGACUCCAAGACAGUACUUUUGGGAUGGCUUGGGGCAAUAAAAUAGUGACAACUGGUUUGUUGGUAGCAUUGCUGUCUCUCGCAGUAACACUCUUCUGCGUGCGUAAAGAAGUUUUUGAACAAUCAUUUUCACUCUACCCAGCCCACUCAGCAAAAGAGAUGGAGAAUCUUUUACAUUUGGUGAGAAAUAUUGUUCCUCCUCUAACCCCGGAAAAGUACAAAGGUCAAGAUGGCAAAAUUGGAAUCAUUGGAGGGUGUCAAGAGUACACAGGUGCACCAUACUUUGCAGCAAUUGCAGCUCUCAAAGUGGGUGCAGACUUGGCUCAUGUAUUCUGUACCAAAGAUGCUGCUCCUGUAAUAAAAUCAUACAGUCCUGAACUUAUUGUCCAUCCUGUUCUUGAUCAUCCCAGUGCUGUGGAAGAAGUUGAAAACUGGCUUCCACGGCUUCACUCACUGGUUGUAGGCCCUGGUUUGGGUAGAGAAGAUGCAAUACUCAAGCAUGCUAAGGGUAUCCUAGAAAAGGCAAUAAUGAAAGGAAUACCUAUUGUCAUUGAUGCAGAUGGGUUAUGGCUCAUUGCCCAGCAACCAUUCAUUAUUCAGGGCUACCGCAAAGCAAUUCUGACUCCUAAUAUGGUUGAAUUUAACAGACUGUAUGAGGCAGUAAUUCAAAACCCUGUGGAUAGCAGUAACCACCAUGGAUGCGUUCUAAGACUUAGCCAGGCAAUGGGAAAUCUGACAGUUGUACAGAAGGGAGAACAGGAUCUCAUUUCUGAUGGAGAAAAGGUGCUGGUUUGCAGUCAUGAAGGAAGCCGUCGCAGAUGUGGUGGACAAGGGGAUCUCUUGUCUGGUUCUCUUGGAGUUUUUGCACACUGGGCUUUUCUUGCUGGCCCAGAGAAAACUAACAGUGCAAGUCCUUCUUUGGUAGCAGCCUUUGGAGCAUGUUCUCUUACAAGGCAGUGCAACAAUCAGGCCUUCCAAAAGUAUGGACGUUCAACAACAACAACUGACAUGAUUUCAGAAAUUGGGACAGCCUUUACUAAACUGUUUGAAAGCUGAAGUCAUAGGGGCUAAGAGUCACAACUGGUGGUCUUUUCCAAUCAAACUAUGCCUAGUAAUUAAAAUAAUACAGCUCACUGCUGUGGACAGCGUUAUGUCAUAGGUAGAACUUCACUGAACUUGAGUUAAGGGAAAAAAGAAUACAUCUACAGUACGAUAAAAGCUUAUGCUAUAAUUCAAAAUGUAGUUGCAUCUUUGAUAGAAUGAAGAAUUACACAUGUCCAGUUUAUGUUUGCCAUAAUGAUUAGCAGUAACAGAUUUGUGUAAUACAGAAAACUGUGACACACUUCAUUUAGGCCAGCAUAUUUUCCCAUGGAUUCAAGUUGUAGUGUUCUCUGUGUUGUAUUUUUGUUUUCUGAUUGUUAGUGAACAGAGGAACUUGAACAUAUGGCUGUUGGUGUCAAGUUGUGAUGAAAAGUGAAACAGUCAUUGCAGUUUAACAUUGGUCCUACUCCACAUUCUAAACAUUUUUGGAGCAAAUGUCUGUGAGUUGUAUAAAAGAACUAACUACAUAUUUAUCUGUUACACCUUAUAAAGGUGCUACUCUGUUGUGUACAAGACACUGUAGACAAAGUAGUAAAUGUUUUUUAUGCACUCAUAUUUUGCAUUUCGGAAUGUUACCAUGAGUCUCAUACAUUGCCUUUCUUUGAAUAAUAGGCACAUUUGAUAGGUUGUGAUAUUUGAGUACCUUGGUCAAGCACAGUACAAUCCACAGUGAAGAAUAGUGUCCAUUCCCAUUGUGGUAGAAACCCAAGGAUUUGGGGAAAUUAAACCAGAUGUCUCUUAACAAGGGGUUCAUAGAUGGUAAAAAUGUGUUACUGGGUUGAUCUAGUAGAACUUAAAUUGGUUAGCACUUAUCUUUUCCAAGUGAAUCUUCAUAUUGCUUGCUUCUCGAAUGGCAGUCUUGACUCAGAAUGCAGUAGCUUUUUUGUACAUCCUGAUUGACUGCCCUCACUGAACUUAUUUUUUCUCUUCAUAGAAGGUGUUAGUCACUCUGAUGUACUACUGAUGUACUACUGUCAGUCCAAUAAUUCUCUAUUUUCUUUAGAUAAAAUAAGGUCUGUGUGGAGGCAUAUCCAACGUGAUAGCCCACUGUUGGUUAACAGCUGAUGGUUAAAAAUGGCAAAACUGUGAUAAAUGAAGUACUUGGUGACAGAGAAUAAAAAUGAUCUUAAUUUGCAGAAAUAAAAUACAAACAAAAAG